UCCGAUAAAUUGACAAUGUGUUUCCAUUCGUCCCCUCCGACAUCUCCCAAUAAAACGCCACCGCCCCACUCGUCGGAGCCGGCCGCCGGGAUGCCUCAAGAUUCGCGCCCGCCAGGGAUGCGCCUCUUCGGCGUCACCAUUGCGCCGGCGCCGGCGCCGCACUUGGAUCCCCCGGACGGUGACCGGGAUCCGAGCCCCAACCCACCGGUGGCGGUGAGGGAGGACGUGAUGCGCAAGUGCAAGAGCAUGGGCAACCUGGCCGCCCUCGCCUCAGCCUGUCCCUCCGGGGACGCUGGAGGCGCGGGCGACGGGUACCUCUCCGACGGCGGCCUUUUGCAGUCGGCCGGCAAGCGGCGGAGGGCGCAGGAGAGGAAGAAAGCUGUCCCUUGGACUGAAGAAGAGCAUAGGACAUUUCUUGCUGGUCUCGAAAAGCUGGGGAAGGGAGACUGGAGGGGUAUAGCAAAAAAUUUUGUUACUACCAGGACUCCAACUCAAGUGGCCAGCCAUGCUCAGAAAUAUUUUCUCAGACAAACUAAUCCAAACAAGAAGAAGCGCAGGUCUAGCCUUUUUGAUAUGAUGGCAAGCGAUUUGUCACCAGCACCAAAUUGCCCCAUCUUACCACCAACAAUGGCAAAAUUUCAUGAUAUGGUAACUAUGACUAAUCAACUCCAGAACAGCAGCUUGGAAGGAGUAUCAUCUUCGAAUCCAGCUAAUCUAGCAAAACAAGUUACAAGAGAUCUUCCUCCCCCAGUUCCAUCUUUUACGGCAACAAAUGUGGAUACAAGUCUCACUAAAAUGAACCACAUGGAUUGCUUCUCGCGGAGACCCUCGCUGUUCAGACCAGUUCCAAUAGUCCCUGAAGGGACACCCCCAUCAGCUCCCGCGACUGCCAACACAAGUGCCCUGACAUUUGAAGCUAACCUGACUUCAUGUACUAGCGCAUUCCUGAUCCCGCAAAGCGGUCCUUCACCAUUGCCUCCUGCGACUGCGAAGACAGCACAUCCAGCAGAGAACAAGGAUCUGGAGCUGACAGUUGGCCUGCCGUCCCAACAAAACAUGACCAACAGCAUUUCUUCCCGGAAUGGGGUAGGCGUGAUCCAAGUCGUUUAAGCUAAUAAUUAUUCUUUUGGGAGUCGCAUUGUUGUUAUAGACAGUUGACAGAAUAAACACUAGCAUUUUAUUAGUGAUACAUGAAUAAAAGCAGGAAUGAAAGACAAA